AGAUGAUGUCACACCAGUAGUGCACUCAAAUACAAAAGCAGCCGAGAGAAAGACACACACACACACACACACACGCACACACAUACGCUGCUGCUGCCUGUUUCACCAACACAACUCCACAGCACACUUCUCCAGCUCUGAAUACUUGAAUCACAUGGCCAGAGUGUGGGACAGGAACGAACUCAACAGCAGGAUCUAAAAUGCCAAUCUCUGGAAGAUAGAGGGAGCUUUUGUUUGAGGAAAGGACAACAAGAAUACCAAAAAAGGAGCUGGUCUCUUCAGAAAACAUUUUUGUACACUAGCACGCUUAUUCAAAAGCCUACAACACAAAAACAAACACAAAAUGCUGCAGCAAAUCCUAACUGACAUGUACAUUGACCCUGAUGUACUCGAGGCCUUGAAUGAAGAACAGAAGAAGAUCCUCUUUUUCAAAAUGAGAGAGGAGCAAGUCCGGCGCUGGAAGGAGCGGGAAGAGAAGGAGGGCAGGGAGGGGAUAAAAAAAGAAAAGCUCCGGCAAAAGAAAGGCCCUUGUAAAAGUGUGAGCUGGCUGCUGGGCAGUGACGGCGACGUGCAUGUGUUUAUUAUCGGAGAACCAGACGAGCUCAAAUCUCCAAAACUCAUCCUGUCCGAGCUGAGAAACAAGACAGCGGCCAACCCUAAUACUAUCAACAGGGCAAAAGUAGAACCUGUACAAACCAGCUUGACCAGCAGAGCACAUCAAACCAGCACAGAACCAGGGAUCCAGCUACUGCUAAAGAAACCAGAGGAGUAUAGCGAUUCUACGACAGUCUCCGAAGAGUCCAAGCAGGACAGCGGUACUGAUCAGUCAGCUGACGACACCAGAGGCCAAACAGAUGACUCCGACUCAGGCAGCGCGGAGGAGGACACGGGACUUUACAGAUCACAUAGGAGCACCACAGAGACAACAGUAGCAGACAGACUUAGAGAGCUUCAACUGCACAGAGCAAUGAAAGAGCAGCUGUCAAUCAACAAGACACACCCACUGGACACACCAGACAAAGGACUGGUGAAAGAAAAGGAUAGCGGUCUAAUGUAUGGCGGUCGUGUGGCUCAGCUCAGGAAGAACUUCAACACCACUAACUCUCCAUGUGUCAAACCACCGAUCCCCUGCAAGCCCGCUCACCUACUGGCCUCCCCCUCUGUCAGAUAAACACAACACGCCACUCUGCACACCUGAAAACCAUCCUAGUGUGUCCAAAAACCUGCAAAAUAAACUAAAAUAGAAAGGUCUGCACAUACCUGAGCGUAUGAGCAGAUCCAGGUGUGGACGCAGCUGGAGACGGACGUUGUACGGAAAUCAAACGCUUCUUAUGACCCAGCUCGAGCCAUCACUCUUCAGUUUUCACACUGUUUACAGAGAAACAUGGUCUCCAAAGGACUCAGAGAUUUGUUACUGCCUUUAUGAUAUUGUUUACGUUUUGUUUUUUAUAUCAACUUUGCUUCCUUAAGGAGAGAAUGACCAAAGUUAUCGUUUAAUGUUUUUAUAAAUAAUGGAUCAUCUUUUUUUGUCUGGUUGUAAAUAACGGUGUCAUAUUGUAUUAAAUAAAACAACUGGUUUGAACUGGU